AUGGCGCCUCCACUGCCCCGGCCGUCAAUAUGCGGCCUGCAAUCCGCUCUCUCCUCGUGCCGAAUCUCGACGACAAAGACGACGACCUCGACUUCACAAUGGCGCGCAUUCAGCAUCACCCCUUUUGCCUCCCAAGUCUCCGCCGUGCCCCCCGAAUCACCCAAAUUCAUUACCAUCCCGGAGCCCCCCCAAUCAGCGGAGCCUAAGUUGCCCCCGAUCAAGGGCUACCUCCCGGUCCCGCGCGACAUGUUCCCCAAGCGGGAAGGCAACCGCAAGGUGAAGCCGGGCUACGUCCAGGCCGCCACCCCGGUCUCCAAGGCCGAGCUCGCCGGCUUGCCGCCAAAGUCGGAGCAAGAAGCCCGCCACCGGCUCAUGGCCGCCGCGCGCCGCAGCGCCUUCGCCUCGGGCAUCCAGGGCCUGUACGUCCGCAAGACGCAGCGCGAGCAGCGCAUGCGCGCCCGCGCCGAGGCCCGGCGCCAGGCCAACAUCGCCGCAGCGACGGCGCCCGAGAGGCUAGACGACGUGCUCACGCGCUCGACGGUGCGCGCGGCGACGGCGCUCGAGACCACGGUGGCGCCAGACCCGAACCGCUUUGCGGCCGCCGAGGCCGCGCGGGCGCGGCGCGAGCAGCAGGAGAGCCUCAAGGCCGAGGCGCGGCGCGACGCGCUGGCGCAGCUGUACGUGGCGGCCAAGGACUUCAUUAUCGACGAGGCCGAGCUCGAGCGGCGCGUCAACGCCAUCUUCACGCGCGACCACCACAAGUACGGCAGCACGGACAGCGGGCAGAGCAUCUGGGACGUCAAGAGCGCCCCCGUCAGUGUGGCGGACUUGCAGGCCGAGAUGACCGGGUCGUCCAACAGGUUGACCGAGAGGAACAGGUCCCCUGCUUUCAAGACGACGGCGAGGCAGAAGGCCGUGGCCGAGGAGUUGACAGGUGGCAAGUUGUGA